UAUCACUCAACUUCCACUUCUUUCCUCCUAAUCUUUUGCCCCAGUAAAAUGAUGAAUCUCACAAAAAUUUCUCAUGUUUUAGUUAUUUCACUAUGCACCCUCACCUUCUGCUUCUGCCGGAUAAACUCCUACGACAACGGGGGCUGGGAGAGAGGCCACGCCACUUUCUACGGCGGAGCUGAUGCAUCCGGCACAAUGGGAGGUGCGUGUGGGUACGGUAACUUAUACAGCCAAGGCUACGGACUGCAAACCGCGGCGCUGAGCACGGCUUUGUUCAGAAGCGGUCAGAGGUGUGGUGCUUGUUUUGAACUACGUUGUGUGGACGAUCCUCAGUGGUGCCUCGCUGGUUCCAUCAUCGUCUCGGCUACAAACUUCUGUCCACCAAACUAUGCCUUAGCCAACGAUAAUGGUGGUUGGUGCAACCCUCCCCUUCAGCACUUUGACUUGGCCCAGCCUGCCUUUCUCCAGAUCGCUCAGUACCGAGCUGGGAUCGUUCCCGUCGCAUUCAGAAGGGUUCCAUGUGAGAAACCUGGAGGGAUAAGGUUUACUAUAAACGGGAACUCGUACUUUGAUCUGGUGCUGAUCACAAACGUGGGUGGUGCUGGAGAUGUUAUGGCCGUAGCCCUGAAAGGAUCAAAGACUAAUAAGUGGCAAUCCAUGUCGAGAAACUGGGGACAAAAUUGGCAAAGCAACAGUUACCUCAGAGGUCAAAGCCUCUCUUUUCAAGUCACUACGAGCGAUGGCCGGAGUGUUGUGAGCUACGAUGUUGUCCCUAGGGAUUGGCAGUUCGGUCAAACUUUUGAAGGAGGACAAUUCUAAAUUCUGUAUGAGGAGAACAUUAAUAGAUAUACACAACAAGAGUCAAAUGAUUGUGUUUAAGACAAAGUCUGUACGCUACUCUUUUAUAGUCAUAAGAAAUGCGCUGAAGAAAUUAAUGUAGUAGUUGGAAAAAAAAAUUAAUUAUAUACUUUGCAUAUGUCCGUCUAGUACAAGGUCGUUAACAACAAGAAAAUACUACAAACCGUAUAAUAAA